AUGACUACGACUACCGGAAGCUGCCUAUGCAACGCAUGUACCUAUUCCUACACGGGCGAGCCGACGCUCAAAGCUAUAUGUCACUGCGCCUCUUGUCACAAAAUAUCCGGCAGUAGUAACACACUCAACUAUACAGUGCCAGAAAAGGCAUUCAGCGUUACGAAAGGAAGUCCAAAAUCGUUCUCUACGACCCACGAGUCUGGGAUGACACUUACAGUAUUCUUCUGUCCCAAUUGCGGAAGCACGCUGUGGAAGGAGGCUACGGCCGAAAAUUUCAAGGGGCUGAAAGUGGUGCAGGCGGGCACGUUGGCCGACGCAUCGAAAUUGAAUGAGGGGGUCGAUGUAGAAUUUUAUACUUCAACGAGGGCGCCGUGGCUUAUGCCGCAGAAAGACGUUGCCCAGCGAACUGAAUUCUAG